CUGGUCUCAACCGUUCCAGAAUAAGGUAGCAAUUGAACUGUCUUCGAAAUCAACAACAAUCUCUCUCUGUCUCUGGCUAUGGCUGCUAUUCAUGUUCAUGAUGAUGGUGAAGUUGGUUUUGAAGAAGGAAUGCUAUGGUUACCCUCUCAUGUUCUGAACGAGGCAUGCGGCACUAAGGUAUGUUUGAGGAACCGCCACCAAAAGUUCCAAAACCAUCAGCAAAUGCAUCAGCAGCGUCAUCAUAAAUCACCUGGAGAACCAAAAUCACAGUACUCAAAAUCUGCCUCAAGAUCUUCGUAUCAAAGGCCAAAACUUGCCAAUGGUGGACCUGGAAUGCGAGCUAUUUUCUUAGGAUCCACGCAUAGAUCAUGUGGCACUGGCGUGUUCUUACCCCAAAGAGCAGGCACAAACUUCCAACCAAGCAAGAGGCCAGCUUGUGCUCCUAUCCUAGUUCCAGCUGGAGUUAUUCAAGCUCUAAAUCUUAAUGUGCGUGCAUUAGGUCUGCAGAUUUCACCCCCGCAAGUUCAGAGUUAUGACCCAAGAUGCAGGGAAGUAUACAAUAAUAAUUCAGAAGAAAAGAAAAGUGAUCAGAAAGAUUCGUCCAAGCAAUGUCGUUUUAUAUCUCAGAAUCAAUGUUCUACUCCAGAGAUAUUUCUCCCAAAGGAAUGGACUUACUAGCUAGCUUUUCAUUUUCAAAGAGAAAAUUUAAAUUUGGGAAGCACACAAAGGGGAGUUAACAUCGGACCGUGUACAUACAAAUAAAUAAAAAAUGAAAUCAUGCUUUAUGUAGAAUGCUGGGAAAGUUUAAAGUGCAAUUAAUUUAUUGCUAGCUGUACUGUUAGAUUCUUUGAUCAUGUAUAGAUGUUAGCUUUUGUAAUAAUAGAUUAAUGGCAACCCAAGUCUCACGAGGGUCUUGUUUGUAAUUGCAUGCUUCAGUAUUGAUAUAAUUAUAUUCAGUGGUUCUCAGUUC